AUGGUGCAUUGGACCGAAGAGGAAGAAAUCACAUUUGUGACAUCAAUUGUCAAUGCACAACGUACUCUACAACGCGGUCAAACCGCGUAUUGGGAUCGGGCGUUUCAACAAUACCAACAACACGUCGGCAACACGCGUCACAACUUAAACGCGUGUGAACACAAAUGGCGUGCUUACCGAAGACUAAUCGUUGAUUACUUUGCCGACGAGCCGCUGUACUCGGAGGCUAUUUUUAGACGCCGUUUCAGAAUGAGUCGUCGACUUUUCUUACGUAUCGCCGACGAUUUAGCCGCUUAUCACCCAUUUUUUACCAUGCGACCCGAUGCUAGAGGCAAAAUGGGCUUCACCACCUUACAGAAAUGUACUGCGGCGAUUCGUCAACUUACUUAUGGGACGACAGCCGAUUCUUGGGACGAACACUUAAAGAUGUCCGAAAGAACUGCUAGAGAAUGUUUAUACAAGUUUUGCAAAUUUGUGGUGAAGCUCUACAGCCAAAAAUAUUUGCGAAAACCGAAUCACAAUGAUGUUCAAAAUUUGUAUCAACACCACCAAGCAAGGCACGGUUUUCCAGGCAUGCUCGGGAGCAUUGAUUGCAUGCAUUGGCCAUGGCGGAAUUGUCCUACCGCUUGGCGAGGAAUGUAUACGCGAGGCGAUCAGGGACAUCCAACAAUAAUUCUAGAAGUUGUUGCGUCUCAAGACCUAUGGAUUUGGCAUGCUUUCUUUGGUAUUCCUGGUUCGAAUAACGACAUCAACGUUCUACAAAAUUCGGAGGUUUUUGACGAUGUUAUAAAAGGGGCCGGUCCUGAUACGAGUUUUACAGUUUCGGGCGUGGAGUACUGA